AUGGUAAUUCUCUUAAAAGUGUCUGAAAUUGUUAAAUUGGGAAUUUGGGAUGCUGACUUCUACGUCAAGGUCGAUGAUGACGUGCAUGUCAACUUAGUAAUGUUUGCCACAACCCUUGCUCAUCAUAAAUCGAAACCAAGAACUUGCAUAGGCUGCAUGAAGUUGGGUCCAGUUCUUGCUGACAAGAACUUGAAGUACCAUGAACCUGAGUCCUGGAAAUUUGGGGAUGAUGGAAACAAGUACUUCCACCAUGCUACGAGACAGAUAUAUGCCAUCUCAAAAGACCUUCCGACCUAUAUCUCAAUAAAUCAGUCUAUCUUACACAAGUAUGCAAAUGAAGAUGUAUCACUCGGGUCGUGGUUUAUUGGUUUAGAGGUUAAUCAUAUAGAUGAAAGGAACAUGUGCUAUGGAACUCCACCAGACUGUGAGUGGAAAGGGCAAGCUGGCAAUGUUUGUGUUGUGUCCUUUGAUUGGAGCUGUAGCGGCAUAUGCAAGUCUGUCGAGAGGCUCAAGGAUGUACAUGCUCGAUGCGAUGAAGGUGAUUCUUCUGUUUGGAGUGCUCUCAUCUAGCGAAUAUCCUCCCUGAACGUAAAUAUGUAGCAUGCUCGGUACACCUUGACGAUCGUGCCUCGCUGGUUGCAACUGAAAUUGCACCCCAGUAGUGUUAGAAAAUAGACCAAAGUAGGGUUAGGGGCUGAGGUUUUGCAUCUUACAUGUAAUAGGGGUGAGUUUCUCAGCUGCUCUACAACAAAUUAGAGAUGAUGUGCUGUAGAAAAACAACUAAUGCAAAUUUUGAUCAAUUUUUGUGCAA